CGAGAUCCACGGGAUCACAUGACUCGCGGAACAACAUGGCUGCGCCCGCGCGAGGGCCCGCUCUCGGCUGCUGCACCGGGCUGCCUCGCGUCUUCUGGCUGCUGGUGCUGGCGUUCGGGGCGGCAGAGAGCGAAGAGGCCGGGGCUGGGGAAGGCACGGCGUCCCUCGCGGGCUCGUGCGGAUGCGGAUCGCCCCAGCGGCCCGGGGCCCACGGCAGCCCAGCGGCCGCGCAGCUCUACUCCCGGGAGUCGAACGCCCCGGGCCUGGCCUCGGGCCCGCGACCGCUCGCACUCACCAAGAUGGUCCCCAUCCCUGCUGGAGUAUUUACAAUGGGCACCGAUGAUCCUCAGAUCAAGCAGGAUGGAGAAGCCCCUGCCAGGAGAGUCACUGUUGAUGCCUUUUACAUGGAUGCCUAUGAAGUCAGUAAUGCUGAUUUUGAGAAGUUCGUGAACUCAACUGGCUAUUUGACAGAGGCAGAGAAGUUUGGCGACUCCUUUGUCUUUGAAGGCAUGUUGAGUGAGCAAGUGAAGGCGCACAUCCACCAGGCAGUUGCAGCUGCUCCAUGGUGGUUACCUGUCAAAGGCGCUAACUGGAGGCACCCAGAGGGCCCAGACUCCAGUAUUCUGCACAGGCCAAAUCACCCAGUUCUCCAUGUCUCCUGGAAUGAUGCCAUUGCCUACUGCACGUGGGCAGGGAAGAGGUUGCCCACGGAGGCAGAGUGGGAGUACAGCUGUAGAGGAGGCCUGCACAACAGGCUUUUCCCCUGGGGCAACAAGCUGAAGCCCAAAGGCCAGCACUAUGCCAACAUUUGGCAGGGCGAGUUUCCUGUGACCAACACCGGGGAGGAUGGCUUCCAAGGAACUGCGCCCGUUGAUGCCUUUCCUCCCAAUGGCUAUGGCUUGUACAACAUAGUGGGGAACGCGUGGGAGUGGACCUCAGACUGGUGGACCGUUCACCAUUCUGCUGAGGAAACACUCAACCCCAAAGGUCCUGCUUCUGGUAAAGACCGAGUGAAGAAAGGUGGUUCCUACAUGUGCCAUAAGUCCUAUUGCUAUAGGUACCGCUGUGCAGCUCGAAGCCAGAACACGCCGGAUAGCUCUGCAUCCAACCUGGGGUUCCGAUGUGCCGCCGACCACCUGCCCACUGUGGACUGACAGCCAAGAGGAGCCUUCCCAGAUCCAGGACACUGUUUCUGAUGUGCAACUGGCUUCCCCCAAACUCGGAACUGAUCUCGUAUAAAGAGUUCCCACCUGGAGAGAGUUCCAUGUCUGCCCAGUAGCCAAAGGCCCCCCGUCGCGCGUGACCAAACUGCUGCUGCCCAUCAGUGCUCGUGCUCUGCCGUGUGGUGCGUCUCUGGGGAUCAUCGCCGUGCUUUACUUUGAGAGCCUUUGAAGAGGGAGGAGAGAGCGGAGAACCUUGACGUCCUGCCCAGACUCUGCCACAGGCUUAGACCCUGGGGUCCAGGACUUCAUCUGCCUGGGCUCUGUCCCGUCAUCAAAUGAGGGGAUGGACAACACGGUCUCUGAGGCUCUCUCCAACCCACAGAUUUUAUGCGUAAUAGCAGAGUGUAUUGUGAUUGCAUAGUGAGAAUUUAUGACAGAUUAUUUUUUAGCUAUUUUUUUGCCAUGUGUGAACCUUGGGUAAUACUAAUCGUAUAAGGUGAGCAUCCUCUUCUGUAUUAUUUUCAGGAAAGGGUAGGGUGUGAGUCUUUUGAAUUCCUACUGCACUUUGUUCUUUUGAGGAAAUCAGUGUCUUUUACAUUGUUGUGACAAAUCCCAUGUGGGCCAGUGGUGGGACACUCAAGUUCAGAGUUCUGAACACACAGGAAUGUCUGUGGAGUGACUCUACUGUCCCUUAUCUUUUAACAUCAAGUGCCUUUGGCUCAGAGGGACAGUUUGAAGCCCUGUUUCCCCUUCGCCUCCAAGCCUUCAGAGAAUGUGAAAUGUGUACUAAUUAGAGAAACUGUUAAAUUCUAGGUAUAAGGGAAAAGAACCAGGGCCUUGAAUAGACUACAUUCAGGGUACUUGGUGUAUUAUACUAGAGGGAUGGGAUAUCUUGUUGACUCUGAGAUACCAGAUGCUUUGAGUUGUGCACUAUGUCAAAUAAACUGGUACCCCAAGUCAGA